AACGUGGGGAAAUUUUCUUCUUUUACCGGCCAAAAGUCGGCAAGGAAGAAGCCCACGACAGGGACGAGGUUCAACGACUCUACAUAGUUCUCCGACCAGAGUACUCCGGCAAGAGGGAUGUGGAAGUAAAGCAAGAACACACCUCCGGGAAGGAAGGAGCUGAGCUCGGUGAUCACACCGGCAAAGACGAACAGACCCGUGACCUCACAUCGGAGAAGAAGGAUGAAUCACACGUCGAGGGAGGACAUGGGUGCCAAGAAAUCAACAUCGAGAAGCUGCUGCUGCUCCGGUUGAAUCUCAUGGGGAGGAAGACUGCCCGACCCGUCGGGCGAGAAAUCUGGUCACAGUCCACAUUGAGGAUUCGUGGAGAUGGUGACGACAAAAACAGAGGACGUGAGAGCGGUUUUGAAGGGGGAGGAGUACUAAACUUUGACCAGAGGUCACCGGACGGUGGGCCAGCGAGGGCUGCCGGCGAGGGAAGAAAAUGCACACCCAUUUAGUAUACAAGCUGGAAUUCCCGGCGGAAGAUGGGAGGAACGAGCCGCAGCCCGCAAGAGGAGCUUAACAUAAAGAGAGAAGCUUCGUUUAUAAUUCAGAUCAAGAACCCCGAAGAACAAAGCGGGCGUGGGGGCUGGAGAGGGCUGCAGAGGAAGAGGAGGGUUGUGUUUCCGGCACAUCUGAGGGGUGUGAGUUUCUGCUAAUACCGGCUUCUGAUAACAUUGAUGAGGAGCUGAGACGGGAGGUGAAGGCGGAAGUAAAGGAUAUGUAGGGCCACCACGAGCCCUGUUCGUCCGGUUUGGUCAGCGCUUUUGGCGGGGAGGCUGCCGCCAUCACUCCUCUUCUCAAAGGCACCUGGGCUUAAGAUUAUCAAUUAGGGAAAUGCCACCACCAUAGCCUACAUAGCUUUUCUCCAGCUGCUUGCCGUAAUUUUAUCCUACAUAAGCUUCUUGUACAUCCCAUGCUACUUCUGUACUGUAUGUCUGUAUGUCUGUAUGUUUCUCUUUGUGUGUGAAGAGACAUUGAAUGUUUUCGAGAGAUAUGUG